AUGAAGGAAUAUCAGUUGCUCAACUUGGAGACAAACGAACUCACUUUAUUAAUCACUGUAGUCCAAGGCGUUUUCCCUAUAAUUCAUAUAUGGGUUACAAUGGAAAAAGUCAAAUCUCUGUUAACUAAAGCUUUAGGAGAAAAAGCUACAGAUGACUUUAUAAAAGCUUGUAUGGAAGUUGGUGACACCCAAAUUAUCAAAAAGCGUGUAGCUACCCUAUUAGAUACUCGAAAACCGGAGAAUCGCCAAGUCUAUGAAAUUUUAAUACAAGAAAAAAUACGAAGAAGCGGAUUCACCGGUGAAAGAUAUCGUAAAACUAAUUCAAACCCUAACGCUCCAAGUGACUGUUUAGAUGAAAUCUCGAUUUCAAAAAAGAAUGAUACAGAACAACCAUCAUCUGUACGAUCACAGAAUGUGUCGAAGAAAAAACAGAAAACUAAAUUUUAUCCAUUAUUUUGUGAAGGAGCUCAUAGUGACCAACUUGUUUCCUUGUUUCCUGGUAGACAUCCUUGCCAGUGUUUAGCAACUAAGCAUCAGUUAGUAAAUAACUGUGUCAAUUGUGGUCGUAUUGUCUGUGCACAAGAGGGUUCAGGUCCAUGCUAUUAUUGUGGAAAUCUUGUAUGUACACGAGAAGAACAAGAUCAGAUAGCAAUGAAUACUAAACAAAGUGAAAAGUUGAGAAAUAAACUUAUGCAAGUAGGUUGGGCUGCUGGUACUGAAACUCCAUAUUAUCGAAUUGCCCGCCAAGCUCAGAAACUGCAGAAAAAGGAAGUGAAUACUGAAUUUACAUCGACAGAGGUUACUUCAAAUACUGAACAUGAAGACUCUACCGAUGACGAAGAUAUAAUUACGAAGCCAGUUUCCGGAGCUCAAAUGCGUUUAGAGCAAGGCUUGAUAAAUGCUUUAUGCAAUCGUGAUAAACUAUUGGAGUUUGAUUCUACUUGUGCUAAACGAACCAGAGUGAUUGAUGAUGAGUUAGAUUAUUUUGCAACGGAGGGUGGUGCUGGAUCAGCUGCGUGGUUAAGUCCUGAAGUUCGUGAGAGAAUCGCUCAGCGUGUAGCUGAGUUAAGAGCACAAAGACACGCACAUCGUCUACAAAUUUCACGGAUGUGUAUUGAUUUAAAAAACUGUAGUGUCACACAAGAGGUUAGUGUAUUAUUUUCGUUACUUACAUAA